CCCAGCCCGUCUCUGGAAGGCGCAACGCACAUCUUCCGACCAAAAUAGGAUCCUUCCUCUCUUGGAUCUUGACUGAAAACGGAAGGGGCAUUUGGGUAACCUUGAAGAGCCUCCUCGAGCCGCAACGAUGACGCUUUUCAUUCUCACGGAGACCAGUGCUGGUUAUGCACUGCUCAAAGCAAAGGACAAGAAGCUGCUCAAGAGAGAUGACCUUGAGAAGGAAACACAGACUGCGGAAGGAGUGUCUAAUCUCUUGAAAUUGAAGAAUUUCCAGAAAUUUGAUAGCGCGACGACAGCCCUCGAGGAGGUUGCUUCCCUCGUCGAAGGAAAGGUCACGCCGCGUCUUGCAAGUCUUCUCGAGUCCAUUAAAGAUGAAAAGAAAGUUUCGUUGGCCGUUGCGGAUCCUAAACUCGGAAACGCGAUUGGAAAGCUCCCUGGGCUUUCGAUCCAAGCGAUUGCCGACUCGACCACUGCAGAUCUUUACAGAGCUAUCAGAGCCCAUCUUCCGACGCUGAUCCCAGGACUUCUCCCUACUGAUAUGUCCACUAUGGCACUCGGUCUUUCUCAUUCACUUGCAAGACAUAAGCUUAAAUUUUCCCCGGAUAAGAUCGAUACUAUGAUCGUGCAAGCAAUCGCCUUGCUCGAUGAUCUCGACAAGGAAUUGAACACAUACGCGAUGAGAGUCAAGGAAUGGUAUGGCUGGCAUUUCCCAGAAAUGGCCAAGAUUUUAAAUGAUAAUAUGGCAUAUGCCAAAGUUGUCCUGAAGAUGGGCAUGCGUUCGAAUUCGGAUUCAGCAGAUUUAAGCGAAAUUCUUCCCGAAGAGAUCGAGGGCGCGGUUAAGGCGGCAGCGAAUCGAUCCAUGGGUACUGACAUCAGUAAUGAAGAUUUGGAAAACAUCCAGUGUUUAGCAGAACAAGUGGUUGGAUUUGCGGAAUACCGUCAGCAGUUGGCGAGUUACUUGACAGCGCGUAUGACUGCCAUCGCACCCAAUCUUACCGCUUUGGUUGGCGAACUGGUUGGUGCGAGACUUAUUGCCCAUGCAGGAAGCUUGGUCAAUCUGUCAAAGAGCCCUGCGAGUACGAUCCAGAUUUUAGGAGCGGAGAAGGCCCUGUUCCGCGCUCUGAAGACGAAACAUGAUACCCCGAAAUAUGGCCUCAUCUAUCACGCAUCACUUAUCGGGCAAGCCACUGGAAAGAACAAAGGAAAAAUGGCCCGUGUCUUGGCUGCCAAGGCAGCUAUCGGUCUCCGUGUGGACGCUCUUGCUGAGUGGGAGAAAGAUGCCGACGGCAACGAACCAACAGAAGAAGAGAGAGCCGCUCUGGGUAUGGAAUCAAGAUAUUAUCUUGAAAAGAAACUGGCUGCCAUGGAGGGCAAACCGUUGAAACCGAGAGGCGUUGGCAUCGCUCCGAAUGGUAUACCAAUCGAACAGCCGAAGAAAUGGGAUAUCAAGGAGGCUAGAAAACAUAAUCCAGAUGCCGAUGGCCUGACUGGCGAUGAGCCAGCUGCCACAGAGAAUGUGAGCAAGAAAUCUAAAAAAGACAAAAAAUUAGUAGAGGAAAUCAAGGAUGAAGAAAUGAAGGAUGCACCUGAAUCUGAAGAAGAAGAGGAAGCUUCUGAAGCAGAGGAGAGCGAAGAGGAGAAGCCGAAGAAGUCCAAGAAGAAGGAAAGCAAGACAUCAAAGGGCAAGGAUUCCGACGAGGCUAAGAUCGAAGAGCUUGCUGAAAAGGCCGGGCUCAGUGUUAAGAGGUACCUGAGAAAGCUUGAACGAGGUGAAAUCAAUUUCGACGAAGAUGGCAACCCUACUGCCAUUAGCAAGAAAGAGCUCAAAAAGGCAAAGAAGGAGGCAAAGAAGGCGGAAAAGGAUGCCGGAAAGAAACGAAAGCGGGAUGAAGACGAAGAGCCCGCUGAAUCCAAGAGCGAGAAAAAGAAGAAGAAGAAGAGCAAGGCCUAGAAUUGGCCGUUCCCUUUUUCGUUUCUUGUAUGAUAUCAUGCUUCCUUUUCUUUAUUUCUGUUGGUUUUUAGUCAGGGGUAUCUGGAGAUUGUGUUGUCCGAUUUUGCUUGUGUUCAGGGUAGUUACGGAGGCGCUUGGGCGAGAUAUGUAUUUGAUUAGACUCGACGACAAUGUAGUCAAAAAAUGUUGUUAUAGUUAAUAACAU